GCAAAACAUCCUGUAUUUAUUUUUUAUAAUAGUUUGCUUGCUCGUUCAUUUAUUUGACUUCGAAAUAUUAAAUCUUUAUGAAAAAUUAUGUUUUAAUAACGUUAUAUUAUAAAUUUUAACACUUUUCUCAAUCUACCAAAGAAAAAGCGAUACAUUUCUCUUCUAGUUGUUAGCUUUAGAGUAUUCACUGUAUUAUCGUAAUGAGGCCUUUGAGGAUAAGAUUACGAAAUGUGAUAAUAGGUGGAGGAGCAAUUCUGUUUGUAAUAGCUGUAUACUAUUUUUCACAUCGAAAGUCUCAUCAGAUUGAAAUACCAUCAGCAAAAGGCAGCAAAGAUGGAAUGACAAGUGCAAUGAUGUCAACUAUUGUUAACCAGCCUUCGUUUCCCAAUUACAAUGUUCACAUAUUCUAUUAUCCCUGGUACGGCACCCCAGGAGUUGAUAAAAAGUGGCUGCAUUGGAAUCAUCCGUAUUUAGAGCAUUGGAACAAAAUUGAGCAAAAAAAAUGGCCAACAGGAAGACAUUCUCCACCUGACGACCUGGGAUCUACUUUUUAUCCAAAGUUGGGGCCAUAUAGUUCGAAAAACGAAACAAUAAUUAACAAUCAUAUGGAGCAAAUCAAGAAAGCAGGAGUAGGCGUUCUUGUCCUUACUUGGUAUCCCCCAGGCUCGUCUGAUGAGAAUGGUGCUCCUUUGGAUCCUGUUACAAUUCUAGUUUUAGAUUCAGCUCACAAGCAUGAACUAAAAGUCUGUUUUCAUAUAGAGCCAUAUCAAGGACGUAAUGCUCAAAGCAUGAACGUUAAUAUAAAAUAUAUUAUUGAUAAAUAUGGAAAGCAUCCUGCAUUUUAUAGAAGGGUUGCAAAAGAUGGUCGAGAAUUACCAGUAUAUUAUAUUUAUGACAGCUAUAAUAUCCCUGCAGCGUCUUGGUCUCAAUUAUUGCGCCCUAACUCUGGACUAUCCUUAAGAGGAGGAAAAUAUGACGGUAUAUUUAUAGGUUUGCUUGUAGAAGAAAAGCACAAAAUAGACUUGAUAGGAGCUGGUUUUGACGGGUUUUAUACUUACUUUGCGUCUGAUAAGUUCUCUUUUGGCUCUACGCUUUACAAUUGGAAGAGCUUAGCUGAAUAUGCUCAAAGAAAAAAUGUUCUGUUUAUUCCUAGUGUGGGUCCAGGCUACAAUGAUCGCAAAGUUCGACCGUGGAAUUAUGUAAAUAACAGAAAUAGAGACAAUGGCAAAUAUUACGAAAGAUCUUUAAAAAUGGCCUUUGAAAUCAAGCCGUCAAUUUUAAGUAUUACAUCCUUUAACGAAUGGCAUGAGGGUACCCAAAUCGAGGAAGCUGUUCCUCAUCUUGCCACUGGAGACGGAGGCUCUUAUGAUGAUUAUUCCCCAAAUAUGCCGGAUUUUUAUUUAACUCUUACCAGAACAUGGCUUAGUUUGUCACCGGAUUCGCUAAAUCGACACUAG